UGAUUUUGCGACGUCGGCUAGCGUCUCCGAAAUUAUUCCCAAUUUUUCGCCGAAAAUGACUGAAACAUAUUUAAAUAUAAAUUCGAGCGUCAUUUCAAACAUGUGCCGAGUGUGUUUUACAACGGCGGGAGUGCGUCCGAUGUACGUCGAUGAACUGAAAUGGUAUCAAAGUGUUGUUUAUAAGGAUUUGCAGCCGGUAACCACCAUGGCUGACUGCAAGAUGUCGGUGUGCGAGUGUUGUGGCCACAUCAUCAGCAAGUAUCUGCUGUUCACCAGCCGUUGUCAAGAUGCACACUACCUUCUCAGUACGGCUUUGCAGCAGGGCUCAAAAUUCAACUUCACAAAGCUGCAAUCGACUCUAGUACACAAUUUCACGAUAACAGCACCCUUAGUAUACUACCUGGGGCCCGAAGACCUGGAUGUGGGUACACCUCUGAAGACCGAGGAGGCGUGUGAACCAGAGCUGGACGUACCUAUGGAGACCGAGGAGGAAUGUGAACCUUUACAGUUGGAUAUGUCUAUGAAGGAGGAGGUUUAUGAUGACCCAUUAAACAACACGUCCAUAGAUGAUGAUGAUGAUACGCCACUAGUGAUGCUCAGGAGUGAUGGUGAUAAACCUCGAAAGAAGAAGAAGAAAAAUGGACAGCCACCGCCAGCUGAGGGCCAGUACCGGAGCGAGCGCAGCAAGCGCAGCGGCCGCAGCGAGCAGCCGCGCGCCGGGUUCAGCUCGCGGAUGGUGCAGGAGACUGACGAGUACACCGUCAUCAAGCUCACCAAGGAUCAGGUGGUGGCGGAGCUGCGGUCGCGGCGCGCGUCGUCCCCGCGCUACGUGCGCGCGCCGCACCGCUGCGAGCGAUGUGUCAAGGGGUUCAACUUCGAGGACGUGCUCGCCAAACACAUGCUCAGCCACGACCCGGCGAGCGGGUCGUUCAAGUGCGACAUCUGCGCGCAGUACUGCCGCAGCGCCGUGUCUUUGCGCGGACACAUGAAGUCACACACCACCAGGUAUAAAUGCAAGAUAUGCGGCGCGGUGCGCCUGUCGCGGCAGCACCUGCUGGAGCACCACGGGUUGGCCCACACGGGACAGCCGGUGCUCUACCGCUGCACGGAGUGCGACCACACCACAUACAAGCGCACGGUGAUGCAGCGCCACGUGCGCGGGCACCGCGCCGCCGCGCGGCUGCCGUGCGAGCGCUGCCCGCGCGUGUUCCGGACGAGGGAGGCGCUGCGGGUGCAUGUCGCCCGCCACGACGGGUCCCGGCGCGCGGCGUGCCCGCAGUGCGGGCGCCGCUUCCUGUACGCGUCGCAACUGCACAAGCACGUGCAGAGCGUGCAUGACCGCACUGACUACUACUGCGUCGAGUGCGACCACAGGUUCAAGUCACCGGAAAAUCUACGGUUGCAUUUCAAAAAAUCUAAGCGACAUCGAGACCCUGCCACUAAUACAGAGCCGUCGAGCGAGGGUCGCGCCGCGGCCGCGUUCCCGUGCGGCUUGUGCGGCAAGGUGUUCACUCGCAAGAGUGUCCUGACGGCGCAUGCGCGCACACACGCCGCGCCGCACACGUAGACACUCGCACGCUACGGAAGUGGCGUGAAGAUUAUGUGCCGGCCUGUGGUACCGCUGGAAGAUUGUGAAACGCGUGAUAAGAAGACCGAUUUCCCCGAGACAGCCCAACGCCCACGGAGGCGGUACUGUGAGCGCUGCCGGACAUUUUUAUGACGUGAUAAGUCAGAUUGUAAAUUUGCCGAAAAUGCUAUUAACUAUAUG